UAUCUGACAGGUGACAGUAAAGGGGGAAAAUUUUUGCACAUUGUUUUCAAAUUCUUUAAUGUGUGAUUUUCCGGUAUUUCUUGUAAGUUUAGCUUAAAAUAAAAUGUCUGAACGUAUGCCCAAAGUUGAUUUGAACAAAUUGAAUCGCAGCGAUCAAGAAUUUAUUAACCGCCUUCAAAGAGAGAACCUGGAAAGAGUUGCCAAACUGAAGAAAGUUCGCAGGAACAAUAUUAUUACAGCAAGUUGUCUUGGGGCUAUGAUUAUAGGUAUUUAUUCUUAUACGAUCUACGCCGUAAAGCAAGAAACGUUCUUGGACGAUUUUAACGAACCCGAGAAAACCACUAAUUAGCUACAAUGUCGUAUAAUAUUAAUACGUUAAGAUUACCACCUCUUCCUAGCAUUAGAGAUUUAGUAAAACUAUAUAAAUUAAGAGCUCUAAAACAGCUGUCGCAGAACUUUCUUAUGGACGAAAGAUUGACUGAUAAAAUUGUGAGGGCUGCUGGAAGGCUUACCGAUCAUCAUGUUUGUGAAGUUGGUCCAGGUCCAGGAGGUAUAACAAGAUCCAUCAUUAAAAAAGCACCUAAAAGACUGAUUGUUGUAGAAAAAGACCCCAGAUUUCUUCCAACUCUGAAUUUAUUACAGGAAUCUUGUCCGAAAGAGUUACAAAUGCAAAUCGACAUUGCCGAUAUAACCAGAUAUAACCUAGAAACGGCUUUUGGGGGUGCUCCAAAAAUGGAGUGGACCCACUCCCUGCCACCAAUUCAUUUAAUUGGAAAUUUGCCUUUUAAUGUCUCCACAAAUUUAAUUAUUCGAUGGUUAGAGAUGGUGUCCCAAAAAAGUGGGGCUUGGGCUUACGGGAGGUCUUCUAUGACACUUACGUUCCAAAAAGAAGUGGCGGAAAGAAUGAUUGCACCUCCUAGUAGCAAACAAAGAUGUAGAUUAUCAGUGAUGUGUCAGUUUUGGUGUGAUGUCAACUAUAAAUUUACCAUACCGGGCACUGCUUUUGUUCCGAAACCUGAUGUAGAUGUUGGUGUUGUUACUUUAAUACCUCUGAAGAAACCAUUGAUUGAUUUGCCGUUUAAAUUAGUUGAGAAGGUUGUACGAACAAUUUUUAACACAAGACAAAAAUACUGUGUUAAAGGGGCUCAAAAUUUAUUUCCCGAAGAUAAAAGAGAGGAUCUAGCAGCGAAAUUGUUUAUUUUGGCAGAUGUGAACCCUAAAACUCGGUCGUUUGAACUGAGUAAUGAGGAUUUUGUCCGAAUAUGUUACGCCUAUAAUGUUCUGUGCGAAGAAUGUUCUGAGAUAGCUGAUUUCAAUUUUAGAGCGACCAAAUUUGAAAAUAUUGAGCAGGUUUUGUGAAUUUAUUAUUAAAUGUUAUUGUUUUGACAUUGUAAAGUUAAAUAUAGUAAUUUAGUUUGU